AUGGGCCAGCACCGGACCACCAGUGUGCCUGCAACUGGCCUUGUGCUGGGCCAUGUGUGUGCCACCUCUGGCAAACCUGAUCUGGGCCACCAAAGGGCCGUCAUUCUUUGCGGUGAAAAAGUAUCCCGUAAUGGAAAUGGUUGUGAACCCUGCAAACCAGGCUCUUAUCAGGAUCAUGAAAAUACUUCAAGAUAUUGUAGAGCAUGUACAACGUGUGACACUAAUCAUGGUAGUGUCAUUAAACAGCCUUGUACCAGAUUCACAAACACAAAAUGUGAGUGCCGUAAAGACUUUGUUCCAUGGGACAGUGAUUCUUCCAACUGCAAAUGUGCCGAGGGAUUUAAACGAAUAGGAGGAGAAUGUAAACGAUGUGAAGAAGGAUUUUUCAUUACACCUGAAAACUCAGACUGUAAAAAAUGGAAAGAAUGUAAAUCAGGGGUGAAAACCAAUGGAACUGCAACGUCAGAUGCCAUCUGUAAUGAGCCAAACAGUAAUACUCAAACCACUACACCUCCCACAUCAAACACAAUUAGUGCGUUUCAAAGUUUAAUAACUCAACGUCCACAUGAGGGGGCCAAAACUCAGGGGAUGGAUACUACUACUACUGCACGAGUGGCCACUUCCACAAAGAAAGUGCUUCCAACUCCUCCUGUAUAUGCAGGCAACCACAUUGGUAUGGCCCUGCUUAUUUUCGGAAUUGUCGGACUAGUUGUACUAACUGUUGUGACCUGCAAGCUGCACAUCACUGACUGCUGGCACAAGCAAAAAACAGUACAACCAAUGGACUCUUUGUGUCGCACGCCAGUUGAGGAAAGCUGUAAUGGAAGCCAGACCCCGCUCAAGUCAGACUACAUGGAACCUUGA